AGCAGCUUUCCAUGAUGAAAGCGGCAAGUUGCGCGGUAGAGACCUCGCUCACACGUGCGUUGUGUUUGAUUUAUUUUGCUGAAUGAUACGCUGGGAUCUCUCGUCUCGGAAACAUUGGAUAUAAGACCGACUUAACAAACAAGAACAAUUAAAGAAUUAUAUCACCGGUUUUUAGCUGCUGGAAUAGUGAAGUGUAAAAUCUGUUUUGGUUGCUGAUGGCAAGAGUAUGAAUUCGGGUUUAAGAACUAAAUGUCACUCUUUAAAACAGUAUGGCCUCUGCUCAUCCAUACUGGGAUCAACACCAUGACACCAUGGACAGGCUGUGUUUUGCUUCUGAAUCCAUGGAUCACAGCUUGAGAAUGUAUCAGCGAGACUCUGGAGCCAUGAGCAUUGAAAGAAGAAUAUCUGGCUCAUAUUCUCCUCCGUGUCUGUCUCCCAAGACUUCAAAUCCUACACAGCACCACUUUUCCUCGGAGUUCCACCCACCUGCGGGAGACCAGGUCGUACCGUCCUUGCAGAAACUGUCUGUUUAUGAGCACAUACCUCCUUGUUCACCCAGGAGAAGCACCAAGCCCCUCCCUCCUCUCCCGGACAUGGGCGACCUGUCCUCUGAUGAGGCCGAGGACAACGAAGUGGAGUUUUUCUCCAGCACCCCUGAAAAUCAGUGUCUUUUGCCCACGCGCUGCUCUAAAACCUCAUCCUUCCAGUACGGCUUUCCAGGAAGACGCAGUUUCCGGGGAAACGGUCAGAUAAACUUUGCUUACUAUGAAGGUAUACAAGUACACGAGAAGGUGAAGCCUCAGUGGGAGCAGACGGUAACCGAAGACCAAGACAGACCGCAGGAAAGACCCAGGUGCAGGCUACACCGCUCCCUUUCUGGACCUGCUGGAUCCUUCAAAACUGCCAACUUCAGGCAGGUUGGUCUUCACCACACCCCCCACAACCACCUACAGGAGAAACCCGAAGUCCCGCCUCGCAUUCCAAUCCGUCCUCGCCCCGGUGAGCGCACUGGUGGCAGACAACCAUCAGCUGAUGAUGAUGAUGAUGAUGAUUGUGAUGUAGACAAACCCCCGAAGGUGCCGCCCAGAGAGCCCAUCCCUCAGCACAUACCACGUGCCGUCAGUCCAAAAAGUCUCCCUAUUUAUGUCAACGGUGUCAUGCCUCCAACUCAGAGCUUUGCGCCCUAUCCCGAGUACGUCAGCAAAGCCCAACAACAGCCGAGCUGCGAGGGAUUGCCAGCUCCUCGUACCCCUUGUAUUUUGCCCAUCAUUGAAGAUGGGAAGAAAGUCAGCAGUACCCAUUACUUCCUCCUCCCACAUCGGCCCGGAUACUUGGACAAGUUUGAAAGGUUUUUCAAAGAGGCAGACUCUGCUCCUAGCGGUUAUAAACCUAAGUGGAACAGUUAGAAUUCGGAGGAUAGACAUUAAGGCUAGACAAAAAUGCAUAUAUUGGAUUUUGGAAGGAAUUCUUGCAGUGUUCCACAUUACGGGCCUUUAGCGAUUGGACGGCAUGUUCUUGGACUUGCACGCAAAAAGACUAAAGAUUGAUAGUUUACCACUGCUGGAAACUGCAGGGCAGCUCUGCUGGAAGUGUAAUUUAUGAAUGAUGUGUCAAAGUGUGUGUGUGUGUGUGUUUUGUAUUAGAUUUAAGCGUGCAGUAUCCAUUUAUGAAGGAAUGAGAUAAUCUGUUACACUUUAACACUGUAGGGUACCCUGAGUAUAAGUUGGUCUUAUUGUGAAUUUAAACAAAAAUUGUCCCUGUUAAGACCAUGCAUACAUUUUUUUUAUUGCGGAAACAUUUAAAGGUGCAGUGUGUAAUUUUUAAAAUCUCUUGACAGAAAUGCAAAAUAAUGUAAUAAACUAUUUUAUCAGGGGUAUAUAAAGACCUUUUUAUAAUGAACCAUUAUAUGUUUUUAUUACCUUAGAAUGAGACGUUUUUAUCUACAUACACAGAGGGUCCCCUUACGUGGAAGUCGCCAUUUUGUGACGCCAUGUUUCUACAGAAGCCCUUAACGGACAAACGUUUUUACUAAGUGGUCUCCGACAAUGACAUGUUUUUCCGGUGGCGGCUACCGUAGCUUCUCUAUGCGUUUCAAAAGCAAGGGGUGAGCAGUGGACUGAGCCGUUGGUUGCAAUUCGCAACCUCACCACUAGAUGCUGCUAAAAUUUACACACUGCACCUUUAAAGGAAUAGUUCACCCAAAAAUGAAAAUUUUGUCAUUUACUCGCCCUUGUUUUGUUCUAAACCUGCAUGAGUUUUUUAUUCUGUUGAACACAAGACAUUUUAAUAAAUGAUGGUAACCACACAUUUGACAGUACACAUUAUAUGUGUUGUCUCUACCUAGACACAUCUCUGCAUUAUUAUUAUUAUUAUUAUUAUUAUUAUUAUUAUUAUUAUUAUUAUUAUUGGAACACAAAAUCAACAUAAAAUGACAAAUAAUGCGUUAAAUAGCAUAACACAAAAAAUGUGUCAAAUUUGCAAAUCCUUUCUUGGUGCAUAGUCUUUUUCCAACUAUGGACGUCAAUAGGUACCAUCAACUUUGUGAUUGAUUAUUACCAUCAUUUAUCAAAAUAUGGUGGUGUGUUCAAAACAACAUGAGGGAGAAUAAUGACAGAAUUUUCAUUUUUGGGUAUACAAUCCCUUUAAGCCGUCAUCUAAAAUAUUAAACCGAGACGCUAAACAAAAUUGGAUAGAUUUUAGAUUUUGAGAAAUGUUCAAUGAGGUGUUGCAAUCGCACUGUUUGACUCUGCACAGGGGUUAGUAUUCAGGUCUUUAUGUGAAGAUCAAUUGAUGCCUUAUUGUGCACUGUCGCUUUGCUUUUUUGACCGUUCAAAUGUGACACGAAUGAAUUGAUCAUUUGAUUUGAAAAGAAUGACUGUGGUAUUUUUUUUAAAGUUUGGUUAGAAAAACCCCUUUUAUCAGUCACGUAUGUUACACGAGCUGUAAAGCCACUGCCUCAUCUGGAGUCUAUAAAGCGAGGAUGCUGGAUGUAAAUGAGUUGACAAAUGGUAUUUUCCUGUGUAUUCCUACCUGUUUACCAUGAAGUUGUUUUACUGCAUUUGUUUCAUGUGUUUCCAAGUUAUUGUUCUUUCUGUCUUUUGACCUUUUUUUUUUUAGAAACUUACAAUUAUCAAACCAAUAACUGUUUACAGAUUUUUAUUAUUAUUGUAGCUAUUGUCCAACAGAAUUUACCUUUGUUUCUGUUUGAUGGUUAUGUUAACUGACCUUUGUCUCAACCACAGAGGAUGUAUUUCUGUGUACAGUAUUGGUGUAGUUUUUCACACCAUAAAUCUAUUUAAGUAAAUAAAGUAACUUAUUUAUAGACACAAA